CAACUACUUGAGUAUGAUUCGGAGAUUGAUCAAGAAUAUCAGCUAGUUUCACGAGCCCACACUCUUCCGUUCAGAUGUGAAGGUACAGGUCAUGUGAUUUACAGUGGCAAUCUUGUCUGUCAAAAGGCAGACAGUAAUGUAGUCGUGAAGUAUGAUUUACAAAAACUCUUGAUUGUGGCAGAGGUAAAUUUAGGAAAAGCGGGAGUUGCGGGUACUUAUCCCUAUCAAUGUGGUGGAUAUACGGAUAUCGAUCUGGCCGUUGACGAACUCGGAUUAUGGGUCGUUUACGCAAUGCCUGAUUCUGCAGGCAAGAUGAUGAUCAGUAAAUUAAAUCCAGAUAGCCUGAUGAUUGAGAAAACGUGGAUGACUCGAUACCCCAAAGCAAUGGUAGGAAACACGUUUAUGAUCUGCGGUGUCCUUUAUGGGACCAAUUCUUACAAGGAUUCACCAACUUACAUCAAAUACACGUACGACACCGAAACCGGGCGAGACAAAAUCCUUAAAGAAGGCUACAUCAAUUUUGCAAAUGGGGUAAAACAGAAGCAGUCGAAUACAGUAAUGUUAGACUAUAACCCUGGGGAUAGACGUCUUUAUGCAUGGAAUAAC